AUGAUACGAAGUGGCACAUUGAAACCAAAUUGUUCAAAAAUAAGUGCAAGUUGCCAUGGCUGGAAACCAUUUGAUUCACCAGACACAGGCGAUGAGCUUCUUGGAGCAUUGGACUUGGCAUUUCUUUUUUCCUAUGCUGUUGGCAUGUUUUUCAGUGGUUUUGUUGCGGAGCACAUGGAUCUGCGGCAUUUUCUUACAAUAGGGAUGUUAUCCAGUGGUCUUUUUACAGCAUUAUUUGGCAUGGGAUAUUUUUGGAAACUUCACUAUUUUGCAUAUUUCGUCACCAUCCAGAUUUUUUCAGGAUUUUUUCAGAGUUCUGGCUGGCCCAGUGUAGUAGAAUGUGUUGGAAAUUGGUUUGGAAAAGGAAGGCGUGGUUUGAUAAUGGGAAUAUGGAAUUCCCACACAUCUGUAGGAAAUAUUCUUGGGUCUGCUAUAGCUGGUGUAUGGGCAAGUGGUCAGUGGGGCUAUUCAUUUAUUGUGCCUGGCUGCAUUAUAGCUGGAAUGGCCAUCUUUGUAUUUCUUUUCCUUGUUGUUGAUCCCAGCCAUGUAGGCUGCCAACCUCCUCAACAACACACUGAGCCUCUGCCUAAUGAUUCAUCUGUCAGCACAGAAGUUGUUACAGACUCUCAAGAGGGUGAUGACGGGGAAAGACUUUUAAAAGAACCAUGUUCUUAUAGCCCUAAGCCCACUGAAGUGAAAAGAAAUCUAGAGGUGCCAAGUGAGUCGCAUAUUUCAGCUUCAACUGUAGUGCCACCAUCACAUGGAGAGGCUAGUGCUGUUGGUUUUUGGAGAGCAGUUCUUAUUCCAGGAGUGAUUGAAUACUCUCUUUGUUUGUUCUUUGCUAAACUCGUCAGUUACACGUUCCUGUUCUGGCUACCAUUUUAUAUUGAAAAUACAAGUAUUGGUGGUGAACGGUAUGGUCCAACGACAUCUGCAGAUUUGUCAACUAUGUUCGAUGUUGGAGGAAUCAUAGGAGGUAUCUUAGCUGGAUUUGUCUCGGACAAAACAAAGUGCAGUGGAAUCACAGUUGUUGUCAUGUUGUUCCUCGCGGGGCCAAUGCUCUUUGUGUAUAGAUUUUUUGCCAAUGCAAACCUCAAAGUUAACAUUGCUCUGAUGAUACUCAGCGGCGUCCUAGUGAACGGUCCAUAUGCUUUAAUCACAACAGCGGUAUCAGCUAAUCUGGGUACCCAUCCAUGUCUUCAAGGAAAUACAAAGGCCAUGGCUACCGUCACUGCAAUCAUAGAUGGCACAGGCUCCAUGGGUGCUGCCCUCGGACCGCUUUUAACGGGAAUCAUCUCGCCAACGGGCUGGAACAAUGUAUUUUACAUGCUAAUUUCCGCCGACAUUUUUGCCGCCAUUCUCCUCAGCAGACAAGUAUGGUUUGAAAUAAGUCAGAACUGUUUAAGGCGCAGAGAGCGAGUUCGCCUAGCGUAUUUGGAGUCUGGCCAUACCAGUUUGAGAAAUGGUACUACGUAUGAACCUCACGAACGACGUAGCGAAGCGGAGCCACUUCUGCACAGCAGCUGACACAUACUAAUAGAAAUGGAUAAAUGACUCGGAAGUCAAAGAAUUUCUUCACGCAGGUUACUGGUGUUUGGCUUAAAUUUUUACUUUAGAGUUAAAA